AUGCGUUCAUGGUUCGCUCGAGCCAACAUUGGCACCGAGCAUGACCAAAGUCGUCGUCGACUAGAUGACCCUGGGCCACGGACGGAGCAAGAAGUAUCUAACCGAGGCGGAAAUUGUGAAGCUACGCAGAGCUCGUCAAUGUACCAGCAUCGCCAACGGACUAACCCGCUCGUACCACAUCCCUCGACCGAUGCGCCACACCCUCGUCAAACCACAGAGUAUGUGGAACCGGAGCUCCAUGGAUCGUAUGAACACACGUCUAGUUUGGGAGAGGCUUCACGCGACCUCUCCUGGCCGGUGGAACUUAUCCGUCAGCCGCCGAUCUCGACAAGUGUCCCUGUCGUCGUUCAAGACGCGAUAAAGAACUAUAAACCUCCGCCGGGGUUUCAACUAGUAAUCCCUAAGGCAGUCACCAGAGGAGAAAGAUCCUGCCCCGACCGACGGGUACACAAGCAAGUUGAUGAACGCGACGCUGAGAUCAAGACGCUCCAAAAGACGAUCGCCGACAAAGAUGCCAAAUUCGUCACUCUCCAGGGUAUCACCGCCAAGCACUUUGAGCAGCUACAGGAGUCAGUUCGGCUGUUUAACUCGACUGGCGACCUUGCACUUCGACAUGCUCAGGCGAUGUAA